UGCUUUAUAUUCAGAGUACCCUAAAACGGUCACACCUUGACUAUUAUUUUCUUGUAGCCGAUUUGAUGUUUUGAUUUUGGUUAAUUAAUUGCAAACACUUAGUUUAAAUUGUGUGUUUAGUAUAUUAAAAAGUGGCAAUCACACGAUGGAGGCAGUUCCGCGUUUGCAUAUGCUGUGGUUCGCCCUAAAAUCGAGUCCCGAAGGAACCUCCUUUGCGGCUUUGAAAAAGUACAUUGCGGAAUUCUACCAUGAAGACCCCGAAGCCUACUCCAAGGAGGUUCAUGCAUUGGAAACCCUUCGGAACCAGGCGAUGCGCACCACCAAGGAUGGAUCACCGGUGAUGAAACGCUACUAUUGCCAGCUGCACGCCCUCCAGAAUCGAUUCCCCCAGCUGGCGGAUCGCGGGAUCUUCACCUUCACGUGGAAGGAUCUUUACCACAAUGCCGUUCACGAAGUGAGCGACCUGCGAUUCGAACGGGCCGCUGUCCUCUUCAACAUUGCCGCAUCCCACACUCAAUCGGGAGCUUCGGUGACCCGUGGCGAUGUCGAUGGCAUGAAGAUGGCCUGCACCCACUUCCAGGCGGCUGCUUGGGCCUACGGAGAGCUGAGGGAACGCUACGCCAAUGUGAAUAGCGGUGGGGAUUUCAUGACCCAGGAGCUGCUGGUGUUCCAGCAACAAGUGUGCUUUGCUCAGGCACAGGAAUGCAUUCUGGAGAAGUCACUGAUUGACAAUCGGAAGCCACAUGUUGUGGCCAAGGUGACGGCCCAGAUUGUGGUCUACUAUGGAGCUGCAUUGGCUGCUCUGCUCACCGGAGGAGAUGAGGGUCCGGUGGCCCAGGUCAUCGAUAGCUCUGUUUACAAACUGUGGAAGAAGUACGUUCGCUUCAAGAUCAACUACUUGAACUGCAUCCUCUAUCUCUACCAAGGACAACAUUCCGAGGAGAAGCGACAGAUGGGCGAGCGAGUGACGCUCUACCAGGCCUCUUGGGACAAACUGGAGGAGGCGCGAAAGGAGUCGAAAGGUCUGCCCGAUCAGCGCGAAAUCAAUGAAUCCCUUAGCUUCACUGCAGAUGUUGUGGAAGCAAAGCGCAAGAACGCCAAAAACGAGAAUGAGUUCAUUUACCACGAGGCGGUGCCGGAACUCUCCACCAUUGCUGCGGUUCAAGGUGCCAAUCUGGUCAACGGAAUUGGCUUUCAAGUGACCGAUGAGGAGCACGCUGGACCGGACAUCUUUGCCCGAUUGGUGCCCAUGAAGGCACACGAAGCCAGUUCUUUGUACAGCGAAGAGAAGGCCAAACUGCUGCGAAAGUAUGGAGCUCUGCUGGAGGAGAAGGACACCCAACUGGAGGCCUACAUGAGCUCCCUGACUCUGGAUAAUCUCAAUAUCAACGAGGAGCAGGCCAACAAGUUGCCUCAAGGAAUCGUGGAUCGAUGUGCUGCCUUGAAUGCCAACAAGACUGCUAUUAGCGAUCUUGUGGAGGCCAUGUCUCAGCUGGCUGAGAUUACAGCCGAUGUGGAGACAAAUCUUGGCGAGAUCUCCCAGAUGCUCGAGGCGGAAUCGAAGGCAGAGCGGGAAUUCCAAUCAGCCAGCGGAGUUCAGAGAACGCCAAAUGCUCAUAUUACUGAAUUAUCGCGGGAGUUCCAGAAGUACAGUGAAGCCCAUGCCCGGGCUGGGGAAUCCAAUAACACCCUGAGAAAAGCCAUGAGUCUGCAUGUGAAUAAUCUAAAAAUUCUGGCCAGACCUUUAUCGGAAAUCCAACAGCUGAUGCCCAAACUAAGUUCGGAAUUGAAUACCACCGAAAUCUUUAGGGAUGUGAAGCUCAUCCUCAACAAAGUCAACGAAAUGAAGGCCCAGCGAGCCCAAUUCCAUGCGGAUUUAAGGAUAGCCAUUAACGAGGAUGACAUCACAGGCAAAGUAAUUGCACAUGGUGGCCAGGAGGGUCUCCAGGCUUUGUUUGCCACCGAGCUGGGCAAGCACGACAAGAUCACCGAACUUUUGGAUCAGAAUAUGGUGGCUCAAGCCAACAUUCUGCAAGCUCUUACUGAAAACUAUGCCAAAGCGGCACCAGUUUUGAAGACUCUUCAAGAUGUGAAGCAAAAACGGGAGCAUUUCUACAGCUCCUUGGCUGCUUCGUAUGAUGUCUACGAGGAUCUGCUGGCCAAGUCCGCAAAGGGAUUGGAAUUCUACAAAAAGCUGGCCGGAAAUGUGCAGAAGCUACUCACCAGAUUUAGAUCAGCAAGAGAUGUGCAAUCCGAAGAGCGACAGCAAAGGAUGCAGAGCGUCAAGGCGGCCACACCACCAGUGGUCAGUAAACCCAUUACGGAGGUGGCUCCUUCGGGAGCGGUUAGUACCACACCGAAACUGAGGGAUUACCUUAAGGCCAAGGCAGCAAUGGCAGAUGCCUCGAAUCCCGCUGCAGCCGGUUUCGUGCCCACUGUGCGUCCAGUGCCGGUGGGCUCCGAGAAUCCCACCCAGGCGGCUUGCUCCUAUGCGACCGCACCACCGAAUGAGCCACCACCGCCGUACAGCCUCACCCAACAGCAGUAUUUCGAUCCCAGUGCCGCUGGCUACACGAAUCCCAUGUACCAGCAACAGCAGCAGCACAUUGCUCCUCCAGCUUACAAGGCGCAAGCAUCUCCGAAUUCCCAAACGCUUCACGGGGCAAUGGCUCAGAUGAAUCUGCAGGCACAGCCGCAGGAUGCCAACCAAGCGAACUUGCCUUAUAGUUACGGUUACCCUGGUGGAGCAGUGCCUCCGCUGGCCUAUGCCCCACCAGGAUCAGCACCCGCGAGCUCUGCUUCUCAAGGUUUCAACGUUCAGCAGCCUUUGUAUGUGGCCACUUCGAUAAAUCCCAUUCCGGUUUCGAAUUCAAGCGAGUUGCCCUCUUCCCUACAAGCACCCUUUGUGGUAAACCAAAUGGCCAAUCAAUACCAGGGAAUAGGAUACCCUCCUCAGGGACAGUCCUACCAACAGGUUGCUGCUCAAACUCAACAGGUGUCCUAUCCACCGGGAACCUCUGGUUAUCCAACUCCUGGCUAUCAAAAUCAAGCGGCGCAGCAACAAACUGGAGGGUAUCCCCAAUCUCAGACACCACAGCAACAGGUGGCGGGUUAUCCGCAGCAGCCACCAACAGGAUAUUCCCAAUCCAUGACGCCUCAACAACCUGCAGGAUAUCCCCAGAAUCAAACACCACAGCAACAGGUCACCACUGGUUAUUCUCAAAGCAAGCAAGCUACAGGAUUUUCCCAAGCACAGACUCCGCAGCAGCAACAUUCGGGAUAUCCACAGACGCCGCAGCAGCAGACCACAGCUGGAUAUCCGCAAACCCAGACACCUCAACAACAGACAACAGGAUAUUCACAGUCACAAACACCUCAGCAACAACCAACGGGAUACCCACAAUCCCAGACGCCACAGCAGCAACCAGCAGGAUAUCCACAAUCCCAGACACCUCAACAACCACUCGCAUAUCAGCAGCAACCAUCCGGUUAUCCACCACAGCAACCAACGGUUGGACUUGCUCCUCAGCAACCUUCACUGUUUCCAUCGCAGGCUGUCCAAGCCUCACCUCAACCCAUUCCAGGUCACCAAUCCUCGCCACAGAAUGCUGGGCAAUCCCUGCAGUAUCCACAGCAGUACAGUGAUCCCAAUGCAGCUCCAGCCUCCGCACCUGGAGCAUCUCCUGUUCCGAAUCCUGCUCAAGCUCAAAACGCUGCGCCAACAUCAUCGCAAGCUGCAGUUCCUGUUUCGCCACAUCCUUCUGCCAACUACAGCAGUUAUUCCAAUCAUCCUGGCUACAGCUUCAAUCCUCAGACCGGACAAUACGAGUACAGUAGUGGAGGAGUGAAGGGAUCCCAAGGAUCACAGGGCUACCAGUUCAGCCAGAGCGGCAAGCAGCAAUCCGUGGGCACCACCGACUCAGAGCUCGCCAAUCGCAGCAACACGGCCACGGGAUUCGAUUCACCUAUUGUAUCCCACACCAAGGCCAAUCAACCAGCCACGGACUCCACUUCAGCGGAAGGGGAAAAGGAGUCAACCAACUACUACUCAGCUCCCUAUGGCUACCAUACCAACGUAACUCCCCAGCCGCAGCCCACUCCCACGCCUCCAACGAAUCCCACGAGCUCCAUUUACAUGCAAUGCGGAGCAAGCAGCACGGCUCAAACUCAAACGACCAGCAGUGGACCUCCAUACGCCUCCUCCACAGCUUCUGCUAAGGUGGAACCGAAAUCGGAGGCGGUGGCUCCCAAGGUAACCAGCAAUGUGGAUCUACUAAGUGACCUGGACAUCGACUGCGCCGUGGCUGUGCCGCCGCCAAUGUUGCCACAACCUGUGCUUCAGCCGCAAGUUGUAUCCUCGCCAACUCCGCCACAAAGUCAGGUUUCAGCUCCCAGUAAAGCAGAGAAUGUUGUGGAGCCUGUUGUUUCCACUUCUCCUGAGGUUCCUCCAGCUGCAGAAAUUACUGCAAUUCCAGCAUCGGUUUCAGCCACUGCGAAGUGCACCAGUCUGGACAACCUCUCCAAUUGCUCGGACCUGAGUUCCCUGGAGAAUUUCGACUGGGACUCGGUUUCCCUUACACAUUCCGUCAGUGAGAAGCAGCCGAAGGCAUCCCCAGCCAAUGGCCAUUCGAACAAUUUUGCAUUCCAAGCCGAAACAUUCACCGAUGAAAAGACCACGAAAUAUUUCCAAAAGGAGGUCGAGAGCUACGAGAAACUACUGGAGAAUCUGCACGUGAAGAUGCUCAAUGGGAAGACCCAACUGGGGGCCAAGUGGCAGGAGUUGCAGCAGAAACUGGAGAAAGAGGCGAUUGCCAACAAGCGGUCCACGACCAUUGCGAAGUUAUUCCCCGAGAAGAAUCGAUCCCUAGACUGUUUGCCCUACGAUCAUGCUAGGGUGAAACUGGACAAGCAGACAGAUGACUAUAUAAAUGCGGCCUACAUGAAGAACCUAAGUGCCGGCUGUCCCAACUUCAUCAUUGCUCAGACCCCGCAAGCGAAUACCAUCAACGAUUUCUGGUCCAUGAUCUGGUCGGAAAAGUCACGUACUGUGGUCUGUCUACAUACCACCAAUGAGCUUUUUGAUCCCUAUUGGCCACAGACAUUGGAUCAGCCCACUCACUACGAUGACUACACCGUGACCUGUGUGAAAUUGCAGCCACUUAGCCACUGCACCGAGUACCAAUUAAAACUAUCCAUGCACGGAGCAGAUGGAGUGCUGGAUUUAUCUCUACUGCAGCUGAAGCAGUGGACCAAGGGCGCACCUGCUCAACUUCUGGGAGUGGCUCAAAAUGCUCUGGAGACCCAUCGUCAGCGCUGUCAAGCGGUUAACUCCCCCAACUCGCCGCUCAUUAUGAACUGUUUGACGGGUUCAGAGCGUUCAGAACUUGUGGCAAUUGGCGUAUGUGCCAUUAUAGCCACGCAGAAUAAGCAACCGAUUCUAAUUAAUACCGUUGAUGUUUGGUCGCGCAUUUGCGCACAGCGUCAAAAUUCCCUGAGGGAUUCAGCCAUUCUGGAACAGUCCAUGCAAAUUGUGCUCUGCAAUGCCCACAAUGUGCUUAACAAGCGUGGCAUUAUGACCUCAUAUCAAAUGAAGAUGGCGCCGCAGGUGACUGCCAAGGAGCAGCAGGAGACCAAGGAUCCGCUUAAUGAAUUGGAUGCACUUUGGAAGCUGAAAUAAACGACUGAAUCAGCCAAUCAACCAAUUGCGGCAGAUAACUAAAGAUAUAUGCUUAAUCAAAUCGAGUAUUUAUACAACUAUUUAACUGUGCAAACCUAUUUCUAACGAUCUGAUAUUGUUGCAAACAAUUUAAAGCAAGUGAAAAGUAUUGAAAGGGAUAACGAAAUCUUUUUUUUUUCAACUCAAAAGUAAUUGUCUUUUUCAAAUGUUAUAUAAAGUGUAUUUCAAAGCGAACCAAAUCGUGAUGUUAAUGGGAUAUUGUCAAGCGUUUCAAACCACUCUUUACGAGUAUAUUAAAUAUCAUUAAACAUAACUAAAUAUUGUCAAACAUUUAUAUCAAUAAAUAAAACACUGAAAAUCAAA